AAAUUUAAUAUAUUAUUUUUUUAUAUCAAAAUAUAUAUAUAUAUAUAUUAAAAUGUCGAGAGAGUCCGGUAGAAGGUCCGUGGAUAUGGGCGCCGUGAACCGAAGUUCGAGUAGAGGCAAAGCAAAAGCCACCUCCGACGGUUCGACCUCACGCGUUUCUCGAGGAAGACACUCCGUCUCUUCCUAUCCUGCUAUCCCCGAUCACUUAAUCGGGGACGCUAUGACGGAUGAAGAAUUCGACCAGAUUUAUUCUGGUAGAGGGGACGGAAAUCUCCCCACUCUUGAUAGUGUAUUCGAAGAUGUUGAUGAAGCACAUCUGGAUAAUCUGGACGGGGACGAGGAGCCUACACCGCAGAGCAACGACGUCGGCGUGGAUGCAGGUCCUGGAAGAUGUUCUGUAAGUCUAAGGGUAGAAAAGAAAUAGUUUUUGCCAAAGAUAUCCACAUUAGAUGGAAUAGUACAUACAAAUUGAUUCACCAGAUUCUAAAAUAUAAAGAGGAACUUGCU